UUCCACGCCAAUUUCUCGACACUUUUUCAAUGACUUAGCUGCCACUCUUUCCAGCUCCAGCUCGGGUCGCCGUCCAUCUGCGGUGUAUUGAUGCAUGGCUCGCUGCCUCUGGUGAGGUUAAUCAAUGGCUUCUCGCAGCCCUCACCUAGUCGGAUUCCUCACUUGACCCUUCACAUUCUUCGUCGAGGCACCCCAUCCUCGGCGCAUUGGGAUGUAGGACUAUGUUUUCCCAAUGCUCGUUACCUACGUCGUUUCCAACGUCCAUCCUCCACCAAUGUCUCCUUUUCUCCCUUCAUAUUGCCGAACCAAACGACCCUGCUGGACGAACACGAUGACCUUCCGCCGAUAGAAUAUGGGGUUCAAGAGGUGCCGGCAGCUGAUUCCACUCGUGGAGCCAGGAAACUGGUGUCUAUGCAGGCCUUGUUGGAAGAAAACAAUCCCGACCGGAUACUGUUGGGACUGGUGACCCCUCAGAUCGGGGACGAUUUCAUCGAGAAUGCGGACGACCAGACCUUCGCACGUGCCAUAUGCGCAUUGGACCCCGAACAUUUCAUUGUGCCUUAUGGGAAGCUAUUCCGCUACUUGAAGCCGAGUCUAGAGACUCAGCCGAAGUUUCGGAUAGUCAGAUCAUUGGAAGAGCGUGUGGCUACAUUUAUCAACAUCCUCGAUUCCCUCGUCACUCAACGACAAAAACAUGGCCAUUCCCUGGGCCUCGACAUCUAUCGCCAUCUGCUACGGUGCACCGCGGCAGCUGGGGUGGGAUCAUUUGCUAGAAAUGUUUUCCGCAAAGCCAUGAGAGAGGACGAUAUUGAACCUGACCUGGAUUGUUAUAAUUACUUUAUGGAGGCUCUCACUUGGAACGAAGCAUAUAACAGACACGAAAGAUAUCGAUUGCGGAUAGUCCGGCAUAACAUGUUUCGUCGGUCUUUGGAGACCAGACCGCUCGGAUUCUUUGGUCAUGGAGUCGCCUCUCCCAAAAAUCCCAAAAAUGAACAAUCCAUCAGGCUUGAAACACUGGGUAUCUUCAACGAGCUCGUCAAUCAGGGCUUGAACGGCAAUGAAGCAACCUUCUGCAAUCUCAUGGUCGCGAUGGGCCGUGAAGGAGACCUAGGCAGCGUCAAGAGCGUCCUCAAAUCAGCUUGGAACAUAGAUGUCGAUGCUCUGGACAAAUACGACGAGGAGGAAUUGGAGAGUCCGACAUUUUAUGAAGAGGGCUCACCCCUUCGGCCUUCUGCACGGCUGUUAUUUACGGUAGUCCAUGUUUUCGGCACGAACAAUGAAGUUGCAUUGGGAGGCAUGCUUCUCGACUACAUCUCGCGCAACUACAAUCUGGAAAUCCCGGAAUAUAUCUGGACUCAUUUACUGGAGUGGACUUUUGUACUUUCGAUCCAGCACAGCAAGGCGAGGAUCGAGAGAGGACACGGCGAAGGUCGCAUUGCACGAAGAGCAGUCGAGUCGGUCUAUCACGUCUUUCAUAACGAACCAUACAAUGUCCAACCGAAAAUCGAGGAUUUGAUCUUUCGGGUUAAGGCUCGAUCUGAAGCGAGGAAGCUCUAUAAGGCCGUCGAAGAUCUCCGGCAGUGUAUGGUCCUGCUCGAGGAAGAACGAACCCGCCUCUCCGAAAUGCAUGACCAAAUCCGACAGCUUCUUGAAGACGCAGAUUAUCAUUAUAUCUUCUAUGAUGGCUUGCCUUCCCCAGCAUUCCUUGAUCUAAAGCACAAAUAUGUGCUUGCUUCCCUUCAACUGGAGUGUCACAUUCAACUCAUAUCUAUUGCCGUGCGCAACACCAUCAAACGUAAAGACUGGACGUCUCAUGAUGAAGGCACAGACUGGCCAUACCGAGGUAUUCCUAAUAUCAUCGCAGAGUGGACAGAUUGGCUGCCUAAUAUCAUCCCCUAUUACACGCCCACCGGUCACGUGUGUAUUUGGGGAAGGGAGUCGAGGCACGCCGCCAUUCAGAGUGCGAAUUCCCUCCAGACGACAAGGACAGGCACAAUGCGUAUGCUCCUCGACUCUUAUUCACCAACUCGUCUCCGGCAUGCAGCAGGGUUCAUUCAUCGCGGGCCCACGGGCAACGCGCUGACUAAAUUUCAAGACGAAGUCCGCAGUGAUUCCUCGGGACGCCUGAGUGAUUGGGUACUCCGGUUCGAGGCCGCUGUCCGUCAAGAGAGGUUGAACGAUCGCCAGGUCGUGGGCGCGCAGGUACCCGGGCCGGAUCAUCACAGCGAAGAUUGGAGGCCUUGGGGUGGAAUUCCGGGGAAGGGGAAGACAGAGCGUGGGCGUCGGAAAAAGGCACCGGCGACAAGGGAUGAGGAGCGUGAUGAGGACGAACACGAAGAAGGGGAAAAGCAGAAGGCGUGACACGAUGCCAGAUUUUUGGAUUGGCUGGGGUGUGAUACAGGACGUGUAACAAGUGUAACAUCAUCCAUCAUGUGCGUACAUAUCGCAACAACUCCCUAUGUAGGAACGCGGUAGGUUUAGGUUCUCGCAAAAGACAACCAUUGCCCUCGUCAGGAUGCUCCCUCUCAAUCUCUCAAGCAGAAAAGCCAAAUUGGAUAUCAUGAACAAGC